UAAAUAAGCCUGGAUUGUCCACCUGCUCUGGUGUUGCAGCGGUAAGAGGUGAGCCUGUCCGUGCGACAUUUUCGUUUCCGAUCGAUUCCCAAAUGGAAACCCAAAUUUUCGCGAUUCCCAUCAGUUAUUCGAAUCCUCAAUUUGCACCCUCAGUUUUUCUCUUUGAUUUUCCGUUAUUUUCGAGAGGAAGCCGAGAAAGUCUUCGUUUUUCCCGCCGAAAAUGUCUUCACGUGGCCCACAAGAGCAUCUCUGUAAGAGCUAGUUGUGCUUCUGGCUCAGCGAAUUACGGCGGGUGGGACGAGUUUAGAAUCUUCGGCGACUCGGAAUGCGAUGGUGAGUCGGAUCAAUUUCGAAACUUUCUGGUUUCCGUUAAAGUUGAAGAUAGAAAGCACAUAUUCGUGUUCCUUUUGGGGCUUGUGUGCGCCCUAGCCAUUUCUAGAGUUAGAGUCUCUUCGACUGUUAUGUUUCCAGCUUCAAUUUUGGUUUUUGCUAUUGGUUUUUCGUUUGGGUUUAUUCGUGCCGGAAAAUUCAGUGAGGUGAGUGAAAAUGGUGGUAAGAAAAGGGUAAAAGAGGAGAUUUAUACGGUUUAUACUGAUAAAUCGAGUAACUUGGUGGAUUUUUUUUACGGGUUUGAUGUCAAGGUUAAUAAUUUAAAGAAUGAUAUACAAAAAGCUAUUGAUAAUAAUGAAAUCACAGUAAGUGAUUUGGAAAGUUAUGUAAAUGAAAUUGAAUCGCUUAGUUCAUCGGCUUCGAAGGCAAGAAACAUCGCCAAGGCUUCAAUAGAUAACGCGGGGAACUCUAAUGUUUUGUUGGUGGAGAACCAGAAGCCAAGCAGAAGGAAGAAAGAGCUUGGUGAAGUUGGGUUGGAGUUCUUGCAGUCUGUUGGAAGUUUCUUUGGGGAGAACUCGGUUGGUUCCAAGCCUAAUAAAGUGAAAGAUAACAUUAAGCGACAGACCGUAGAGAGAUUGGUAAACGAUCAAAAUCGAGUGAAUGUAUCUACUUCUGCAGUUGAAGAAAGUGAUUUCAAUUUAGUUGAUGGUAAUAAAGGAAAUGGGAAGUUGGGUGUGUCUCAAGAUUCAUCAGCUUUUGUUGAGAAUGGUAGUAGACGAAUAAAAAUUGACUCAAAGGUGGGGAAAAUGAAUGAAGGGGAGAUUGGUGGCAGUGGUAAAAGAUUUAUUGAAAGUGAAGAGUAUAGUUACCGGAAUAACAGUUUGCGAUUUACAAAUAAUCAAACUUUCUCUUUGAAGAUGGGCCAUGAUAACAGAACCGAGAUGUGGGAAUCCCACAAUAAGUUUAACUCCGAGGAGUUUAGAGUUAGGACGAAACGUUUGGGAACUGAAGCAUCCUUUGUUCAACAACAGAUGCUCAAGAAAUCCAAUGGAGCUUACCGAACUUCUCUCGACAGUGAAAUGAAUGACGAUGAGACAUACAGGUUCCAAUCUAGAGAAGAAAUUUUGAAUCAUGAAUACGAUUCUCAUAUGGCUGACCAGCUGUCCUCAAAUGAGAGUGAGGUUGAUUCCUUUUCAUCUCCAAAGGUUUCUGAUGAUGUGGUCUUUGAUAGGUAUUUUACAGAAGCUAAUGAGCUUCUGAAACAAGCAAAAGAGUAUAUAAGGAGUAGACGUGAUAAGGAGUGUGCUGAGAUCAUAUUGUACAGGUCUGCCAAGUUACUCUCCAAAGCCAUAGCUAUGAAGCCCGUGAGUUUGUUGGCUGUGGGCCAAUUAGGCAACACCUAUCUUCUUCAUGGGGAAUUAAAAUUGAAGAUGAGUCGUGAGUUGAGAGCUCUCCUUUUGGGGGGUGGUCCUUUUCCUAUUGAGAAGCGAAAUGGAGUACUCAAGGGAUUAGGUGAUCAAAUCACUGGCAAGGAUGAAAUUGCAUCUGUCCUUGUUAAUGUGUGUGAAGAGUGUGAAGAACUUCUCGUGGAGGCAGGAAGAAAAUAUAGAUUGGCAUUAUCUAUUGAUGGGAAUGAUGUAAGAGCCCUAUACAACUGGGGUCUUGCUCUCUCCUUCCGUGCUCAAUUGAUUGCGGAUAUUGGACCGGAAGCUGCUUUUGAGGCCGAUGAAGUAUUCUUGGCUGCAAUUGAUAAAUUUGAUGCUAUGAUGUCCAAAGGCAAUGUUUAUGCACCUGAUGCUUUGUUCAGAUGGGGUGUGGCUUUGCAGCAAAGAUCUCGCUUACGCCCACGUAAUAGUAAAGAGAAAGUGAAAUUACUGCAGCAGGCAAAGAGGCUAUAUGAAGAUGCACUCCACAUGGACUCCGACAAUCUCCAAGUAAGAGAAGCCCUAUCAACAUGUGUAUCUGAACUCAAUUUUAGGCACUUUUGACGAAAGAAUCAGCUCAUAUUGCUCUUUGUUGCAUCACUCUGUGUUUAGAUUUAUUAUCAACAGUUGGUCUCUCUUUUCCCAGUUUUGUCCCUUCUCCACCAUUAGGGUGCAAAAUGCAUGAUGGAUAGCCUCUUAUAUCCUUUUUUUUUUUUUUUCGUAUUAUGAAUAGCUUUGAUGUAAUAAUAUGAAAGAAACCCGUUUUUCUU